AGGGAUCUUGGAACUGUGCAUUUUGUUUCCAUUCCAACGAUUCCUGCAAUUUUCUUUGAAACUUCGUUCCAGUUCCAUUCAGGGGAGCAACCGAUACCUGUGGGGUUGAUGCAGAACUAAGUUUUGAUUCUCUCUCUCUCUCUCUCUCUCUCUCUCUCUCUUCCCUAAUCCCUUCUCAGCAUUCGUUCUAUUUUGGUCGAGUUCGCAUGGUGGUGGCGCGAAUGUGUUGGCGGCCUACUGGGGCGCAGUUUCACAACAAAUCCAAGACGCAGGGACAAAUACGUGACCGCGAUCUCUCCCUCGUUCGUGUGAUUGAACUGCAGGUUUAGGGCGAAGUCCCUACGCCUCUGCGUCAAUUUUUUGUCGAGUUCGCAUGGUGGUAGCGCGAUGUCUCGGCAGCCGACUCAGGCGCAGUUUCACAACAAAUCCAAGACUCUCAAUGACAAAUACAUGCUUGGAGAUGAAAUCGGGAAGGGGGCAUAUGGGCGCGUCUACAAGGGGUUGGAUUUGGAAAAUGGGAACUAUGUUGCAAUCAAACAAGUCUCCCUGGAAAACAUUCCUCAGGAGGACCUCAACAUCAUCAUGCAAGAGAUUGAUCUCCUGAAGAAUCUAAACCAUAAGAAUAUUGUGAAGUAUCUUGGAUCCUUCAAGACAAAGACUCAUCUCUAUAUUAUUCUUGAAUAUGUAGAAAAUGGUUCACUUGCUAGCAUUGUUAAACCAAAUAAAUUUGGGCCUUUCCCAGAAUCUCUGGUGGCUGUUUACAUAGCUCAGGUUUUGGAAGGAUUGGUGUACCUUCAUGAACAAGGUGUUAUUCAUCGGGACAUCAAGGGUGCAAAUAUAUUGACAACUAAAGAGGGCCUAGUUAAACUUGCUGAUUUUGGUGUUGCAACAAAGCUCACUGAAGCAGAUGUCAACACACAUUCAGUUGUUGGAACUCCUUAUUGGAUGGCCCCUGAGGUCAUUGAGAUGUCAGGGGUUAGUGCUGCAUCUGACAUUUGGAGUGUUGGCUGCACAGCAAUAGAGCUUUUGACGUGUGUUCCUCCUUACUAUGAUUUGCAGCCAAUGCCAGCUCUUUUUCGGAUUGUUCAGGAUGAUCAUCCUCCCAUACCUGAUUAUCUGUCACCAGGCAUAACAGAUUUUCUGCUUCAGUGCUUCAGGAAGGAUGCGAUGCAGCGCCCAGAUGCAAAAAAAUUGCUUAUGCACCCAUGGAUUAGGAACUCCAGACGUGCACUGCAGUCUUCUCUUCAGAGAACUGGUGGAAUGAUGAGGAAUAUUCCUCAAGAUGUUUCCACUGUAGUUGAGAGGUCUAUUGGUGAUGGUGAAAGGAGUGACGAAAGCAACUCUGCCGGGAACCAAAAAGUGGAGUCCUCUGAGUUAGAAUCUGGUGAUGCUGCAAAUGAUGUACUGUCAGCUGAGGCUGCUGAACUUGUUAGGCCAGACAUGGAUAAUAGUGCAAGUGCUGAGGGUGUUGCAACUCCUUCAGAAAAUGAUUUAAACCCAGAUCAUCUUGAGGCUAAGGAAAACUUACUGUUGGGUCAAGAUCCCACACUAACCUUUCGUGAAGAGUCGUUGAAAAUGACUGAUCCACAUAAGGUGUUAUCUUCCAAAGAAGAGCAUGCAUUGCAUGCUACUGAUCGUCUGGAGCCUGUGUUGCCAAAUGAUGAUGUGCUAGAGAGAAUUUCUUUAAAUGAUGAAGUGAACUCUCAAAGAUGGAAGAGAAAUGAUUUAGUUGAUGCUUCAUUAGUUGAUGGUAAAUCUAGAGAAUCUGAGAGAAAUGAAGGUUUAAUACAUCAAAACAGGAAUUUUGUUGGUUUUGACCAGAGUGUUCAAGAGUACAGAUCUCAACAGGACGUUAAACCAUCUGUCAUUUCUGGACCUGUUGAAUUGAGUAGAUUCAGUGAUACCCCAGCAGAUUCUUCCUUGGAUGACUUGUUUCAAGAGCCAUUGGAUAGAAUGCCGGACGAUCACUUAGCUGAAGCCUCAACCUCUGCAGCUUCUGCAAUGCUGAACCAACACAACAGAAAUGUACCUGAAUCUGGGAAGACUGACCUAGCGAAGAAGCUGAAGGCUACAAUGGUUCAGAAACGAAGGGAAAAUGAAAAAGGUCAAAAAAGUGGCAGCGACCUGAUGUCUCUCAUAAUGGGUAUUGAUGGUCUGGUGUUUGAUGGCAAGUUGUCUGGAGAAAACCUCUUUCCCAUACAGGCCGUAGAAUUCAGCAAGUUGGUUGGUUCAUUAAAGCCAGAGGAGCCUGAAGAUGUGAUUGUCUCUGCUUGUCAAAAGCUUAUAUUGUUGUUUCAAGAUCGUCCUGAGCAGAAGCAUGUUUUUAUUACUCAGCAUGGCUUGCUGCCACUUAUGGAGCUUCUAGAGGUUCCAGCCACUCGUGUUAUAUGUUCUGUAUUACAAAUUAUCAAUCAGUUAGUGAAAGACAACGCUGAUUUUCAAGAAAAUGCUUGUCUGGUUGGAUUGAUUCCUCACGUUAUGGAAUUUGCAGUGCCUGAUCGUCCUCGUGAAGUUCGUAUGCAGGCAGCAUAUUUCUUGCAACAGCUCUGUCAGUCAAGUGCCUUAACUCUGCAAAUGUUCAUUGCAUGUCGUGGAAUACCAGUUCUAGUGGGUUUUCUAGAGGCAGAUUAUGCAAAGUACAGGGAAAUGGUCCAUCUUGCUAUUGAUGGUAUGUGGCAGGUUUUCAAGCUCCAGUGUUCCACACCUCGAAAUGAUUUUUGCAGAAUAGCUGCUAAGAAUGGGAUACUUCUCAGACUUGUGAACACUCUUCACAGUUUAAAUGAGGCUGCUAGGUUGGCCUCCAUAUCUGGAGGUGGUGAGACUACUGGUGCUGAUGGUGCGACUUCACGGCCUCGUUCCGGUCCUUUGGAUGCUAACAAUCCUCCUUCUGUCCAAUGUGAACCCUUCGAUGAACAUGAGCCUUUGAAGGCUAGAAUACCACUUAGUGAGUUUUCUUUAGCUGGAACUCUGGAGUCAUCUAAAGCUUCAGUAUCACAUUCUCAAAGGCCAGAGCAGCAUUCAGAUCUAUCACUUACUUCCAAGCCUCUUGAGAGUGCAUCUCAGGAAAAUCAUAGAUUUUCAACAAGUAAAGAUGCUUUAAAUUCUUUGGCCAAGGAUCAGUUGGAUAUGAGAAAAACUGAAGCAUCAAAGGUAGAGGCUGACAGUCAUAGGCAGCAACGUGUUACUAAUCCAAGUCGGUUAUCAGUUGAUAAGGCUUUAAAGCAAUUGGAUCGUCCAUCAGAUGGAACUGCUGGCAGCUCUAAUACUCAUGUGUCUCAGAAUGAGCAGGUCACACCUCUCUUAAGCUUGCUAGAAAAGGAACCUCGUUCUCGGCAUGUUUCUGGCCAGCUUGAGUAUUUCAAACACAUUUCUGGUUUUGAGAGGCAUGAGAAUAUUCUUCCGCUUCUACAAGCAGCUGCGGAAAGGAAAAAUGGCGAAUUGGAUUUUUUAAUUGCAGAAUUCACAGAGGCAUCUGCACGUGGGAGAGAAAAUGGUCCUCCAGACUCAACACCCAAAGCAACCAGGAAGGUUGGUCCACUAGCUUCAGGAUCAUCAAAUACUACUGAAGCAACUGUUUUGGCAUCUGGUCUUGUGUCGCAGACUGCAUCUGGCAUAUUGUCUGGAUCUGGUGUCCUCAAUGCAAGACCUGGAAGUACGACAUCAUCAGGAUUACUCUCCCAUAUGGUCUCCACAUUGAAUGCUGAUGUUGCAAGGGAAUAUCUACAGAAAGUUGCAGAACUUUUAUUUGAGUUUUCUCGAGCUGACACUACUGUGAAGUCGUACAUGUGUAGUCAAGGUUUACUUUGUCGUCUUUUCCAGAUGCUCAAUAAAAUAGAGCCACCUAUCCUUCUAAAGGUGUUGAAGUGUAUUAACAAUUUAUCAACUGAUCCAAACUGCUUGGAGAACCUUCAGCGUGCAGAUGCAAUAAAGCAUUUGAUUCCAAAUCUUGAACUCCAUGAUGGACCUCUAGUUUCUCAAAUUCAUACUGAGGUUCUGAAUGCAUUAUACAACCUCUGCAAGAUAAAUAAGAGGAGGCAGGAGCAAGCAGCUGAAAAUGGAAUAAUUCCACACUUGAUGCGAUUUAUCAUGUCUGAUUCUCCGUUGAAACAGUAUGCAUUGCCUCUAUUAUGUGACAUGGCACAUGCUUCUCGUAAUUCAAGGGAGCAGUUAAGAGCUCAUGGCGGCCUGGAUGUGUACCUAAGUUUAUUAGAUGAUGAAGUGUGGUCAGUGACUUCACUGGACUCACUUGCAGUGUGCUUGGCACAUGAUAAUGAUCAUAAGAAAGUAGAGCAAGCAUUAUUGAAAAAGGAAGCUGUCCAGAAGCUGGUGAAGUUCUUCCAGUGCUGUCCAGAGACAUCCUUUAUACACAUUUUGGAACCUUUCUUGAAGAUUAUAACAAAAUCUCCCCGGAUUAACACUACAUUGGCUGUUAAUGGGUUGACACCUUUACUCAUUGCAAGGCUAGACCAUCAAGAUGCUAUCGCUCGGCUAAAUCUUCUCAAAUUGAUAAAGGCUGUGUAUGAGCACCAUCCACGGCCGAAGCAACUCAUAGUGGAGAAUGAUCUGCCCCAGAAGCUACAGAAUUUGAUAGAAGAGCGUAGAGAUGGUGAGCGGUCUGGGGGUCAAGUCCUGGUAAAACAGAUGGCGACGGCACUUCUUAAAGCUCUCCAUAUCAACACUGUCCUAUAGCAGAAUGAUGCUUUGUUGAGUUCAUGGUUCAGCCAUCAUGUAAUUAGUUUUUCUAUAUUUUGUAUAUUAUGAAUUUCUUGCCGGUGAAGAAGGGAAACAAAAUUGAUGAUGUGCAUCUGAUCAGGUCAUUAGGGGGAUAAAGGCUGCUGUUUUUUUUUUAUGUUGGCCUUUUCAUAAGCUGUAAUUGUGACACUUUUUUGCAGAGUAGGUAUAUGUUUCUCCUGUGUGUUCAA